AUGCAUUUUUCGUCUCCAAAAAUGGUUUGCGAGACUAAAAUUGUUGCGGACGAACACGAUGCUAUACCUGGGACCAAGAAAGAGUCGAUGAUGUGGAGCUCCUCUCCGGCCAGCGCGGCUGUGAACCCCGCAGAGCCGAAGGAUGGCAGGAAAGAUGCGGUUUUUAUCCGCGAGUUCGAGUGCGGGGACCAAGAGGAGGUGCGGCGCAUCUUCUACGAGGGCAUCAUGGAGAGGAUACCCAACACUGCGUUUAGGGUCAGGCAGCAGCCCAGGACUCAGCUCUUAUAUGCUCUCCUGACAGUAAUGUGCUUUUUCGUGACCAAAUCCGUCGCGCUGACCUGUUGCGCGCCCCUCAUUCUCAUGGGUGCUCGCUACUACUACAGCAGGAAAGUUAUCCACGGCUAUCUGGACUGUGCUCUGCACACGGACAUGGCCGACAUAGAGGCGUAUUACAUGACACCCACAGGCUCCUGUUUCUGGGUGGCAGUGCUGGACGGACGUGUGGUGGGCAUCGUGGCGGCGCAGGGCCGCGAGGACGACAACGCGGUGGAGCUGCGGCGCAUGUCGGUGGACUCUCGAUACCGCGGCAAGGGCAUCGCCAAGGCGCUGGGCCGCCGCGUCCUGGAGUUCGCCGUGCGCAACAACUACGCCGCCGUGGUCCUCGGCACGACGGCCGUGAAGCUGGCCGCCCACAAGCUUUACGAGUCGCUGGGCUUCCGCCGAACGGGCCAGAGCGACGACUACACGCUCCCCGGGAUGAACCGCUCGCCGCUGGAGAAGCUCUUCUUCCAGAUCCGCUACAGCCGCUACCGCCUGCAGCUCCGUGAGGAGUGA